GACCAUCGGGGAUCUAUCGCCACGUCUCAAUCCUCGCUGUUUUUACUCACCCCAGAUCGCAAUCAUGAGCACUGUAGAGACGGUCACUCAGCACCCCGUGAUUACUGCGGAAAAUGUCCUGCGCCUAUUUCCCGAAGUAAACACUUCCCUCAUCGGAGGAUCGCACAACUCUGCCACAAAUGACAAUGCGCUGCAAGGUUACGAUGAGGAGCAGAUACGAUUGAUGGACGAGGUGUGCAUUGUCUUGGACAACGAUGACUUGCCCAUUGGUAGCGCGACCAAGAAACUGUGUCAUCUCAUGGAGAACAUUGACAAAGGUCUCCUCCAUCGCGCAUUCUCCGUCUUCCUUUUCGAUUCCAAAAACCGUCUACUCCUCCAGCAGCGUGCAACCGAAAAAAUCACGUUCCCGGACAUGUGGACAAACACAUGCUGCUCACACCCGCUAGGCAUACCUGGAGAGACGGGUGUCGGACUUGAAGAGUCGGUUCAGGGUGUGCGUCGCGCAGCGGUACGCAAGCUCAACCACGAGCUUGGUAUCAAGUCCGAGCAGGUGCCCAUUGAUGACUUCAAGUUUCUUACGCGGAUACACUACAAGUCGCCUAGUGACGGCAUGUGGGGCGAGCAUGAGAUUGACUACAUCCUGUUUAUGAAGGCCGAUGUUGACCUCGACAUCAACCCCAACGAAGUCCGGGAUUCAAAAUGGGUAUCCCAAGAGGACCUAAAGACCAUGUUCCAGGACAAGUCGCUCAAGUUUACACCAUGGUUCAAGCUCAUCUGUGAGAGCAUGCUGUUCGAGUGGUGGAACCACCUUGACUCUGGGCUAGAGAAGUACAUGGGAGAGACAGAGAUUCGGCGUAUGUAAAAGGCAGUGGAGAACUGCGCCCUGCGAAAUGCGCAGUGUUGCAAGUGAGCACAGCUACAAACUCCGAGAUCAAUUGUCCGUGUCGAAUCAGUCUAGGGUUCCGCGUUAGACCACGCCGGAUUCCGAAGUGAGGCGGCGCAUGCAUGCAGGCUCGGCCCCCAUAGAUAUCAAGUUUCCGAUAAUAUCCCUAUCAUCAAUGGUUUGAAUAGACCCCACGCCAAUUAUUCAUCUGGCUUUAUCGUG